GAUGAAAUUCAAAGUAAGAGCAGAUCUGGACCUGGCACAGAGGUGCCUUCUGGUGGUCAUAAUCUCAAUUACUCUCUCCUAUAUAAUUAGUUUUCUUCUGUUGAGUCAGUACUUAUUAUGUCAGCUUUUCCUAACUCUUGGAUUAGGGUUUGCUAUAUUGCAGUCCUCAGUUCAACUGGAAGCAGAGGAUAAAACUGUUCUUAUUACAGGAUGUGAUACUGGAUUUGGUUUGGUUUUAGCCAAACAUCUUCACUCCCUGGGCUUUACAGUGUUUGCUGGAUGUUUGCUUGCAGACAGGGAUGGUAUGGGAGCAGCUGAGCUGAGACAAACUGGUUCUAAAAAGAUGCACGUGCUUCAGCUUGAUGUAACCAAUCAGGAAGACUGGUCUAAGGUCAAGCAGUACAUAGAGAAAAACAUUCCUACCACGGCCAACGGAUUAUGGGGUUUAGUGAACAAUGCAGGGUGGGCAACCUUUGGUGAGGUUGAGUGGGUGAGCAUGGAGAACUACAAGAAGGCGAUGGAUGUCAAUCUAAACGGUGCAAUCUUAGGAAUAAAGACGAUGCUACCUCUGAUAAGGCAGGCUAAAGGAAGAAUUGUAACUAUUACAAGCGGAUUAGGUAGAUUUGCUGUACCUACCAGGUCUCCUUAUGUAGCAUCAAAAUACGCCCUCGAAGGCUUCCUGGACUGUCUCCGGUAUGAGAUGACAAGUUUUGGCGUCUCUGUUUCUCUGCUGGAACCUGGAAACUUUAUCGCCGGAACGAACAUUUUUAACGAAAAGUUCGUUAAAUCUCAGGCAGAGGAGAUGUGGGCGAAUAUGAAUCCUGAGGUUAAAAUUGCAUAUGGUAGAGAACAUUUUGAUAAAAAGGUUGAUGUAAUGAACUCGUAUAUGCUGAAUGGGUGUACAGAUAUCAGUCCUGUAAUUGACAGCUAUACAGACGCACUUCUAGAUGUCUUUCCUCAGGUUCGUUACCAACCCAUGGAUCUGUACUUCAAGACUAGAUGUUUCAUUGCAACACAUUUUCCAGAAAGAAUUUAUCAGAUCCUGUACCUUUAAACUGUUUAUUAGGAGCAGAUUUUGUAUAAACUGUUUUUAUCAGAUUAUCUUUCUAUAAAAUGUUAUUUUUUAUCGGAAUAUGUUAUUUUACUGGUUUUGUUAUCGGAUUUCGUAUCUGUAAACCGGUGUUUGUUAUCAGAUUUCGUAUCUUUUAACUGGUGUUUGUUAUCAGAGUAUGUAUUGUUAAACCGUAGGUCUAAUUAAAUGAUACAUGGUGGGGGUUGAAAAAUGUUUAUUGGUAAAAACUUGUUACGGAAUAUAUAGGAGCGUUUUUACUUUCUGUGGGGGGAUUUAGGGAGCUUCUCAACUGCUGGAAUUGAUGAGUCUUCAGAACAGGGAGCAGUCUCGAGCAGAACCGUAGAAUGCUGCUUCUGUAGGGAACUGCUUUAAGCUGUAGGUGUAGAUGAACCUUUAGAGCUGUCUGGAGCAGAACUGUAGAAUGCUGUUUCUGUAGGAAACUGCUUUAAGCUGUAGGUGAAGAUGAACCUUUAGAGCUGUCUGGAGCAGAACCAUAGAAGGCUGCUUCUGAAGGGAGCUGCUAGAAGCUGCAGGUGUAGACGAACUUUCUGGUUCGGGACUUGGUCCGAAAAUGAAUACUCUAUUCUGAUUUUAGAAUAUCAAUAAAAUCCCCUUUUGAUGGUA